AUGCCUCCUACCGCAAUGAAUCUUUCGGAAAGUACCGACACUGACGGAACUGGAAUUAUUAAAAUUGACCCCUGGCUAGAACCUUUUGCUCCCGUUCUGAAGCGAAGACACGUUUCUUUUAAAAAAUGGGUUCAAGAUAUUAACCAACAUGAAGGAGGUUUCGAUCAGUUUACGCGUAGUUAUGAACAUUUCGGUCUUAAUGUGCAACCAAACGGUGAUAUAGUUUAUCGCGAGUGGGCUCCCAACGCUACGAAUGCAAGUUUGGUUGGCGACUUUAAUUGCUGGGAUACCUCUGCGCAUCCAAUGAAAAAAAAUUCAUUUGGCAUAUGGGAAGUUCGCAUUCCUUCUAACAAUGGUAUCCCUGCUAUUCCUCACGGCUCAAAGAUAAAAAUAUCCAUGGUUACCCCCGAAGGUGAAAGAAUUUAUCGUCUUCCUGCCUGGAUCAAGCGAGUGACACAAGAUCUAUCCAAUAGUCCUACGUACGAAGCCAUCUUUUGGAAUCCACCAGAAAAGUAUUUUUGGAAAAAUAAAGCUCCUCAAAAACCAAAAAGUUUGAAAGUAUAUGAAGCUCAUGUCGGUAUAUCUACAACCGAAGGACGCGUCGGUACUUAUAACGAGUUUACAGAUAAUGUGUUAAAACGUAUUAGAAAUAUGGGUUACAAUGCUAUUCAAUUGAUGGCAAUUAUGGAGCAUGCUUAUUACGCUUCUUUCGGAUAUCAAGUAACUAGUUUCUUCUCCAUUUCCAGAACUCCCGAAGAGUUAAUGCGACUCAUCGACACUGCUCAUGGCAUGGGUUUAUAUGUACUGCUAGAUGUUGUACAUUCACAUGCAUGUAAAAAUGUGUUGGAUGGAUUGAAUAUGUUUGAUGGUUCUGAUCAUUGCUACUUUCACGAAGGAGGAAAAGGGCGUCAUGAUCUCUGGGAUAGUCGCCUAUUCAAUUAUGGUCACUGGGAAGUACUUCGGUUCUUACUAUCAAACCUUCGGUUCUAUAUGGAGGAAUACAAGUUUGAUGGAUUCAGAUUUGAUGGUGUUACCAGCAUGUUGUACAUUCACCAUGGUAUGGGUACGGGUUUCUCUGGUGAUUAUCGCGAAUAUUUUGGUGAUUCUGUGGAUGAAGGAAGUGUAGUAUAUUUGAUGUUGGCAAAUGAAAUGCUUCACUCAUUAUAUCCAAACAUAAUUACCAUUGCUGAAGAUGUAUCUGGAAUGCCUGGCCUAUGUCGCCCUGUUUCCGAAGGCGGUGUUGGAUUUGAUUACCGUCUUGCUAUGGCUAUCCCAGACAUGUGGAUCAAGUUAUUGAAAGAAAUGCGGGACGAUGAUUGGAACAUAGGAAACAUCUGCUGGACUCUGACUAAUCGUAGACAUAUGGAAAAAAAUAUUGCCUAUGCAGAAUCACAUGAUCAAGCUCUUGUCGGAGAUAAGACUAUUGCUUUCUGGCUCAUGGAUAAGGAAAUGUAUACUAACAUGUCAGAUUUGACUCCACUUACAUCAAUCAUUGAUCGUGGAUUAGCACUUCAUAAAAUGAUUCGUUUGUUGACGCAUGGCCUUGGUGGAGAAGGCUACCUCAAUUUUGAAGGUAAUGAAUUUGGGCAUCCUGAAUGGCUAGAUUUUCCGCGAGCUGGAAAUAACAACUCAUAUCAUUACGCAAGGCGGCAAUGGAAUGUCGUUGAUGACGAUUUACUAAGGUACAAAUAUUUAAACGAAUUUGACAAAACACUACAGCACACAGAAGAUAAAUUCGAAUGGUUAUCCUCUCCACAGGCAUAUAUUUCUCUAAAACAUGAAGAUGAUAAGUUAAUUGUAUUUGAACGAGGAAAUUUACUUUGGAUUUUCAACUUUCAUCCAACGAAUUCAUUUGUCGAUUAUAAAAUUGGCACAGAAUGGGCAGGUGACUAUAAGAUAGUGAUUAACACUGAUAAUAAAAGGUAUGGAGGACAUGAUAGAAUAGAUGAAAACCAGGUGUAUAUAUCAAAGCCCGAACAAUGGAAUGGACGAAAGAAUUACAUUCAAGUGAGUAACUUUAAUGCCUUUGAUCCAUAUGAGUGUAUUAUAUAA